UUUGAUGGAAGUUUUGCAUCCCCAGAUGACUGAAUUGGAUGGAUAUACCAUUCCCGUAUUUUCUGUGAAUGAAUGCCCUGAUGAUGAAUUCAGCUGGCAGAAAGCAUCAAAAAGACUGAACUGCAGUAGCGACAGUUCCCUGAAGUACAGAUAUCACUGUGUUUCAAAUACACAAAGAACUUCAUUGGUCGAGUUCUGCUAUGAUGCUACUAGACCACUUGUUCAAAAAGGAAACUGUAUGGAAUUGGCUCAGAGCACUACAUUGAAUCAGUAUGCGUGCAAUCAAUCAUUCCGCUUUGGAUGUCCUCAGACUUACUACUACAGCGACGUGUCUUUUAAAUAUCCUUUUUGCACCUUGAUUGAAACAUCGAAGAAAUGUUAUAUUGCAGAAUCAGGCUGUUUAGUACAGUAA